AUGCGUCGUAUUCCCAUCAAAAAAAGGCACAAUGUCACUCGUCUUGUGCAAAGCCAGGGCCUAGUCUUCGCCGACCUCGUUGCCCCCGGUGGAUCGGAGCCCUACUGGCCAGAUGACCGCUAUUACUCCUUUACCAACGCGGAGAUCCAUCUCCUUGAGGAGGCUGCUCGAGACGUAUUCGCAAUGUGUUGCGAAGCGGCAGACUACCUCGUGGAACAUCCAGACAUGAUCACCAACAAAAUGGCGGUGCCCGCAUACUGUCUUGAACAGAUUACAAAGUCAUGGAAUCGUGAGCCCGCCUGGGGCAGUAUCUAUGGCCGUUUCGACGUCUGCUUCGGAGGUCUCGACCAUCCAGACCCGAGACUGCGAACACCAAAGUUCUACGAGUUCAACGCGGACACGCCGACCUCGGUCAUCGAGGCCGCGUCGAUUCAAUGGCUCUGGUUGGAACAAACCGGACGUGGUGGUGACCAGUUCAACAGCAUCACCGAGAAGCUUAUCCAUGGCUGGAAUCGCAACUUGACGCUCAUCAGCAGUGAACUCGGGCACAAGCCUGUUGUUUACUUCGCCAUCGGGGAGGGGGAUUCAACAGGCGAGGAUGCUUUGAACGCCAUGAUGUUGAUGGAGACGUGCCAGAAAGCAGGCUGGAUGACCAACGCCAUUACCAUAGAAGAAAUAUCACUAUCCAAGCAGGAUGGUCGCUUCUACGAUACGCAAGGAAAUCACAUUGACGUCAUCUUCAAGUUAUAUCCGUGGGAGUUUUUGAUGGACGAGCAGUUUGGAGAAGCGUGCUUCAGAGACAUGGAAAAUAUCGGGAUGCGCGAUGAAGCCGGAAACUACGUUGGCGGAACGAUCUGGAUCGAGCCCCCCUACAAGCUUCUGUGGAGCAACAAGUCAAUCUUCGCCGUCCUUUGGGAUAUGUUCAAGGAUGACCCCAGAGGCAAGUGGCUUCUCCCCACUUACUUCGAGAACGAGGCGCCUGCCACGAUGGCAAGCUACGCGCGGAAGCCCAUCUUCGCUCGUGAGGGCGCCGACGUUGUCCUGAAGAAGAACGGCGAGGUGAUCCAAGAUGCGUCAACAGGGCAAUAUGGUGCAGAAGGGUACAUCAUACAAGAGCUUGCUGUGCUCCCCGAGUUCAAGGACGCAGAAAGCAGCUCGUACUACCCCGUGCUGGGGUUGUGGUUCGUGGAUGGUGACCCUGCAGGCAUGGGGAUCCGCGAGGAUGGGACACCGAUUACUACCAACGCCUCUGUGUUUAUACCACACUCGAUCGAGGAUGUACCGGUAAAUUAUGUUCGGUCAAAGGCUCCUUGUGACGAUGAGAUUGAGGCAAACUUGAGGGUUGAGCCAUUCUUUGACUCUUUUGAGAAAAGGGAAGAGGAUAAGAUAAUCAACUACAUUAAGAAAAUUAUACUCUAG